GGCCCUCACCAUGAACUCCUCCGCGGAUGGCAACCAGAGCAGCCGGCCCUUCUGCCUCCUGGCCGUCAACUACCUGGAGACUCUGGACUUCUGCCUGUUGGAAGUGUUGAUCAUCGUCUUCCUCACCGUGCUGAUCAUUUCGGGCAACGUCGUCGUCAUUUCGGUCUUUCACUGUGCACCUCUGCUGAACCACCACACUACCAGCUACUUCAUCCAGACGAUGGCGUACGCCGACCUCUUGGUGGGGGUGAGCUGCCUAGUCCCCUCCCUGUCCUUACUCCAUUACCCUCUCCCUCUGGAGGAAUACCUGACCUGCCAGAUCUUCGGCUACGUCGUGUCCGUCCUGAAGAGCGUCUCCAUGGCCUCCCUGGCCUGCAUCAGCGUCGACAGGUACAUCGCCAUCACCAAACCCCUGACCUACAACACACUGGUCACCCCGUGGCGGCUGCGCGUCUGCAUCCUGGCCAUCUGGCUCUACUCCUCGACAGUCUUCCUGCCUUCCUUCUUCCACUGGGGCAAACCGGGCUACCAUGGGGACGUGUUCGAGUGGUGCGCCAGCUCCUGGCUCACCGAUCCCUACUUCACCCUCUUCAUCGUGCUGAUGCUCUACGCCCCCGCGGCCUUCGUCGUGUGCUUCACCUACUUCAACAUCUUCCGCAUCUGCCAGCAGCACACCAAAGAGAUCAACGAGAGGAGAGCGCGCUUCAGCGGCCAGAGCGGGGAAGCCGGCGAGGCGCAGGCCUGCCCGGACAAGCGCUAUGCCAUGGUCCUGUUCCGCAUCACCAGCGUCUUCUACAUCCUCUGGCUGCCCUACAUCAUUUAUUUUCUGCUGGAGAGCUCGGCCUUCUACCGCAACCGCACCGCCUCCUUCCUGACCACCUGGCUGGCCAUCAGCAACAGCUUCUGCAACUGUGUCAUCUACAGCCUCUCCAACAGCGUCUUCCAGAAGGGGCUGAAACGCCUCUCGGGGGCCAUGUGCACCUCCUGUGCCGGGCGGAGGGCGGCUACAGACUCUUGUACCCCUAGGAGCAAAGGGCCCCCCAAUGGGUGCCAUGUUUGAACCAGCUCACUGUGUGUGUGUGUGUGUGUCUGUGUGCGCGCGUGUGUGUUCGUUCAUGCGGGGGUGGCCUUGGGUGGGAGUUUGUGUUUCUGUCGGGGUGUUUUCUGAUUUUUGUAUUUCUAGCCUACUGGGAAAUUUUGGACGAGGCCAUGUAAAUAUGCUCAAUAAAUGAAAAUUUAAAACACACACACACACACACACACACCCCACCCACCCACCCACCCCACCUCCAGGUUCGCAAAAAAGAGAACUUUCUCAGCGGGGCCGCUGGACCAGAAGAACCGAGAGCCGUGAAAGUGAAUUGCUGUGCUCGUUUUUUAAAUGUCAUGGCAGUGACUCCAGCUCUCUCAGUCUUAACGAAUAAAGCUGUCCCCCAACACCUCUCUCCAGCUGGCAUGACUGAAUUCGGGCAUAGGGGAAUUUCAGCAACAACAGAAAAUUUCAUAUUUUGCAGCUUUACUGGAUCCCGUCCAGCUCUGUGUGCUUCGUCCGUAAAUGGUUUAACAGGGAAUAUUAUUAUGCCGUGGUGAAUUACAGGGAUUUUUGUGUAUGCCAAAGUUUAACUGCACUGCGAGUUUCAACCCUGUCAGUUAGGGGGCCAAAUGUUUUAUGUCUUUCCUUCCUAGAGAGAUCUCUAGAUGGAAUAAAUAAUGUGAACACUUGAACAAUAACUUUAAAAAAAAAAACUUGCAAUGAGCCAUGGAUGCAAUCGGUGCAAUGAAAUCGGAAUAUUUAUAGAGUCCUGUGUGGGUCACUGUGCCCUGUUUCACAGAUAUCUAAUAGAAUGUGCACUUGAAGGUGAUUGAACGAUCAAAUUUGCAUUUGUGUGUGUGUGUGUGUGUGUUUGUGUAUGUAUUUGGAUCAGGCCAAACCUCUCUCUAAUAAGGAAAUGUAUUUUAUUAAAGCAAGACACAGUUCUGCAUAAUGUCAGAGGAUUUGGGACACACUUUUGAUAACGGUGACAAGAUUUAGAAAUCUGUUCUCGAAUAGUCCUCUCGUAACUACCAGUCUCCUCAUUUUUUCCAAAGAGGUUGGAGACAUUACCAAGGAUAUGCAUAAAGACAGAGACUAUAUUAUUAGCAGCCGAGGGAGGGAAGAUGUACAUCUAACUUAAAAAGAACAGAAGACAAGUAACUUGAGGCAUUUCUAUCAUCUCUCCUCCCCCAGUUUAAAUGGUGUCUAAAAAUAUAGCAGCUCCUAAUUCUUUUUGAAAAGCCUUUGUCUUUAACUGGUAGAGUAACAGAGAAUGUUCACAUCCAAAAAAGUGUGGAGGAUUCCACAUUUAGAAGGGGGGAAAGGGAAGUCUGACCUAGCUUGUGCUGUUUCACUGAUGUCUUAUUGCUUUACAUGUGCUUAGUACAGUGCUCUGCACACAGUAAGCGCUCAAUAAAUAGCACUGAUUGAUCGA